AUGUACUUCGGCUCUGAUGGCAGCUCGGGGUCGAAGAACCCCUUCAAAGACCUUUGCUAUCGGUACGUUAUGGAUGAUCCGGACGAGUCGGAAGAUCCUCCAGGGAAGGAAUUCGACAGAGCUUUGCUUAACCUGUAUAAGCAGAAAUCGAAGCUACCGACAGGGAGGUCUAGACUGCCCAACCGGGAUUACAAUCGCUCCUUCUCGACUCUAGCUCUCCUCACAUCAGCGUGCCGCCAACCUGAGGUGAUCGAUUGUUGGGGUCCUUACGAGAUUGCAGUCUUCGAGACAGCACUGGCUCGAUAUGGAUUGAACGGUUGGCGCGAGAUUGGCCGAGAAAUUGGCACGAAGACUGCUGGUGAAUGCGAGGAAUUCUUCCGCCGAGUGUAUUCAAGGACAGAGCGUGGCCGCAUCUUUACUGAGAUGCUGCUUGUGUCGGAGAAUAGCAACACUAUUACCACUAAUUCGACGCCUCAGUCAACAGAAGAGUCUGAUUCUAUACCGCAAACACCUAGGGUCAGUGGCGAGACUGCUAAAUCAACGGAUAAGAGCUCUUAG